CGUACACAAUGCAGUAAACAACGUGUACAUACCAACAUCAGCUCUAGCUCGUGAUAAAAAAGCAGUACCCGUCAAAUCACAAGACUUAGAUUUAGUUUGUAGGUGAUCACUGUAGUGAAAAUAAAAACAAUGAAAUUCUUAUUUCGAGGUCUAAUGGCACCUGUUCUAACACCAUAUUCAAAUGAUGGGUUAUUCAGCAUACAAGAGGAUAUUAUUCCAAAGUAUGCAAAGUAUCUGUCAAGUAUAGGAAUCCAUGCAGUUUUGGUUAAUGGGACAAGCGGGGAGGGAAUGUCCAUGACGGUGGAUGAGAGGAAAGCUGUAACAGAAGCGUGGGCUAUGGCUGUGAAAGAGACGAAACAGAUUCUGAUGGUUCAAGUUGGAGGUGCUUGUCUCAAGGAUGUGCAGGAGUUGGCAGCUCAUGCUGAGAGUCUUGGCAGUGAUGCCCUCCUGUGCUUGCCCGAAUUGUUCAACAAACCUCAGACGGUGGAUGAGCUGGUGAAGUACCUGACAUACGUAGGACAGGCAGCUCCCAAGACACCCCUUCUGUACUACCACAUUCCUUCAUACACUGGAAUUAAAGUGAGCAUGCCACAGUUCCUAGCCGCUGCUGCCCAUAACAUCCCUACAUUUGCUGGAGCAAAAUACACUGACAACAACCUGGAGGAAGGAACCCAGUGCUUAGCAGUGGAAAAUGGGACCCUUAGCUUUUUUCUAGGUUGUGAUCAUGUUCUAGCUGGAGCUUUCACACUGGGUUUUGACUCAGCAAUUGCUACAAGCCUUAACAUGCUUCCAAGCCCAAGUAUCAAAAUACUAGCAGCAGUGAAAAACAAUCACUCCAGUGAAGCACUGCAGGAGCAGAGGAAGCUAUCAAAAGCCAUAAAUGUCAUAACUCGUAAUGGAGGCUGGGUGUCGACUAUGAAAGCUGCAAUGAGUCUGAUGACCCCAAUUAAUGUGGGCCCUCCACGACCACCCCUCACCCCUCUCAUUGAUAAACAAAUAGAUCAGCUGAAGAAGGAUUUGACAGCCUUGCAAUUACUGUAGUCACCCAUACAGUUUUACUGUCCACAGAUGAAAGAACCGAACCACUGAAACUAUAGCCUGUGUAUAAAAUGAAGGUCUAAUCACAUGGCACAUAUUUGAAACUGUUUUAUGUAUUUAAAUGUAUCUUGGUAUUGGAGAUCCACAUUAAAUGCUGGAAUAUGAAUUUAAAUUUGGUGUAUACUUAAUUACGAUGUCAAACUUCUGUAAAAGAUUUUUAUAUGCUGAAUAUUUAAUUAAAUGUGUAUUUCAUAAAUAAA